UCCACAAACUCAAAACGACGCCGUCGUCUAUAUUCAGUGGAAGGUUGAAAUUGAAAGAAAGGCACCCUUGACCUCAAUAUUCUUUUUGGUCAGAACUCAGAACCAUUGAUCUCCUUCGAUAAUAUGCAAAGAGCUUCAUUACGAUGGCGAAACUUGUUCUCUAUAAACUCUUACAUGUUUCAACAGCAAUCUUCUUAUGCGUUUCAUUCAACCCCGUCUUCCUAUGACAAAUGGAAGAGUAAAUGGAACUCCGAUGUAAGAAGAACUGGUCAACAUCCAUCUAAGACUCAUAUCAAAUAUGUUACCCGGCAAAAGCGUGCUGAUGCAAAGAAAGCUUUAAAAAAUCUCCUUUACAAUAGUGGUUCCUCUAAAAUUUCAUUUGAGGAAAAGGAAACAAAAUGGAACUCCGACUGGUAUGGAGAUCAAGAUGAUGAUUCAAAAAGGUCUUUCAAUAAAGAUCAACCAAGUUCUGGUCAGCGGUUUAGCGGAAAAUCACAAAAGAGAACUAAACGAAAGAUCAGAAGAGAAAGUUUCUGCGAGGACUUUGACGAUGGUGCGGAGCAAAUCUUCCAAGCAAGAUUUGGUAAAAAGUGGUACACAUGGUCUUUUACUAAUUUGAGGGGAUCUUCUUCUGAGUCUUCCACGUCUGGCUUUGAAUGGAGGGAACACUCAAAUAGGACAAACAAGUGGAGAAGUGUGAGUGACAUAGAGUCUGAUGAUGAUGAUUCAUCAUGUUAUGUAGGAUCAAGUUCUGAUAGAACUAUUCUUGGUCUACCUGCCACAGGUCCUCUAAAGAUUGAAGAUGUUAAAAAUGCUUUCCGGUUGUCGGCUUUAAAAUGGCAUCCUGAUAAGCAUCAAGGCCCUUCCCAGGCAAUGGCUGAAGAGAAGUUCAAGCUAUGUGUAAAUGCAUACAAGUCGUUAUGCAAUGCUUUAUCCACGGCUUAGGUGAAUUUCAAAUCGGUUAUUUAUCUCCAUCAUAUUCAGAGCUGGUUAAUGUUGUACGAUUAAAUUUAAUUAUUUCUUUGUAUUUCAUUCAUAAUAUAUUCAAGAUUUGAAACAUUGAAAAUGAUAAAAAGAAGUGCUAAGCUAACUCUUUGACUGAGAAGAGAAGUGAAAUGGUCUUCAGUCGGAGAAAUAGUUAUUUAUCAACAGAAUUUUAAGUAAUAAGCACACGAAGGGUGUUGCAAUGAAAGAAAACUGUGGGAUGUUUAUUCUUGUGGAUAAA